AUGGCGGCCCCCUUGUCCGAGCGGCUCUUCUCGCUGGAGCUGCUGGUAGACUGGGUGCGUCUGGAAGCCGGGCCGCCGCCGCAGCCCGUAGUCGAGGAGGAGGAAGAAGAGGAAGAAGAGGAGGAGGAGGGGGAGGCAUCCUCGCGCUCCCUGUGCCCCGCGGUGGCCUUCCGCCUGCUGGACUUCCCCACGCUGCUGGUGUACCCUCCCGGGGGCCCCGCCGCCGCCGCCCCGCAACCCAGGCCUGGGCUGCUCAGCUUCGGUCGCGGCAAGUCCUGCCUCUUCCGCCUGCACCCCGCCACCCUGCGCUGCCGGCUCCUCGCCACCCCGCUGUACACCCUGCUGCUGCGGCUGCCCCCCGGGCGCCCGACUCCCGCCCCGCGGCUCCUGGGCACCUGCAGCAUCUCGCUGGCCGCCGCCGCCCUCCAGGUCCUGGGGCCGGCCCCUUCCUGCUGCUCCCACGCGCAUCGAGGACGCUUUCCUCUGCACAACCACGUGGGGGAGCGGGUGGGAGACAUUUCGCUGGCCUACCGCCUGACCGACCUGGGCAGCAGCUUGCUGGGCCAUCUGGAGCGGCCAGUCCCUUCCAUGGCGGGUGGGGUGCAAGAUGCGGGGGUACGGAGGGCCGUGGAGGGCAGCUCCCCAGCCCAGCAGGAGAGACAGCUACUGCAGCCAAACUCGGACCUAAGCCCAAGGGAUCCUGAUGGGCCUCCGAAGAGUUUUCACAGCCGGGAGGCACAGAGGGAUUUGAAGAAAGUCGUUUUCCACCACGAGGCCAACGCAGGUAGCACGGGGUCUGUGGAGAACGGCAAAACCAAAUCUGUCUGUUCAAAUGCCAGCGGUGUGGGCAGGAUUAGCCCCCCAGAACAGGAAGUCACAGACUUGGACCUUGAGACGAACACAUUUUGCCCUCCUCCCCUGUAUUAUACCCACGUGACCCCAGAAAAAAGGCCUCCCCUACGGGGUAAGGUCACCAUUAAGCCUCAAGCGAAUGGAUCUGAGGAAUUGGAUGGUACUUUUCCAGAAGCAAAACUUGUCAAUCCCCCAACACAUAUUCAUCAUCUGAACGGUACAAAUUCUGCAGCACGUGAGACUCCUGUGGCGCUUAAUCCUCCCCGUGCUCAGGACGUAGAAGCAAGUCAUCAAAGUACAGGUCACCCUCAAACGGAGCAAAAUAGAAUGAAUACCAUAAGGCAGUUGCCUUUGUUAAAUGCUUUGUUGGUUGAGUUGUCCUUGUUAUACAACCAACCUGUCGAAAGCCCUAUGCAUAUCCACCCUCACUUAGCCUGGUUAUAUAGAACUGAGGAAAAGAAAUCACCAGAAUCUUCGGCCAAAUCCAUAGCUAAAUCUGAAUCAAGGAAAGAGAAGUUUCCUGUGGGAAAGGAUGAGAAGCCAGUGAGCCUUCAGUAUAAAAAGAACCAAGAUGAAAAUCUUAAGUCAGGUAAAUAUUUUGAAAAGAACCACGGUGCUCCCUCCAAAAAGGCUCCCAGGGGUAAGCUACUCUAUGGUUUAACAAAUACACUUAAGCUACGUUUAAAGCAAACAAAUCCCAGUAUGUUGGUGGUACAUGAAAAGCAGGAACAGUAUAGAAAGAUGCAAGUGCAAAUGUUCGGUGCAAAACCCCGAACCCCAUCAUCCAAAGUUAAAAUACUAGGCUUUGCAGAACAACACCAGAAGUCACACCAAUUGUCUAAAGAUAAGUAUUCAGAAGCAGAUACAUCUUUCGCUGAAAAUUGCCAUUCUUUAAAGCUGGUUAGUGGACCUAGUACAACCAAAGAAACGCAACUGAAAUGUGCAACCGAAAAGACAGUUGACAGUGGUGAAAAUCGAACCAAUGAUGGUUCAUUGGAAGAAAUUGUGAGUCCUGCAAAUCCCAUCGUUCCAGAAAGAUUUGCUCAUACAAAUAUUUUGGAAGGAAAAGUGGACAUGAAAGUCCAGAGUCCAUUUGUUUUCCAACAGGUUGCAGCUGUUGACAAGAUUGUAAGAGAGAAAGAUACAGAAGACAAAGCCACCGAUAAUGACGUUCUUACUGCUGAUGCGAAUGAAAGUCAACCAAGUAAAUAUAGUUGCUCUGAGAGCAUCUCAGAACUGAAAUAUUCAGAUGACUUCACCAGCCCUUGCUACUCUGAAGAUUUCUGUACUGAUGAUACCAGUAGAAUUUUACAGGCUCAUGAUAGGAGUUCAUCGGCAGAAAAUCCAAAACAUAGUCAAUGUAACAGUAAGUCUAGUGCAACUAGAUUGUCCAUAAGGAAAAACAGCCAUGAACAGAGUGUUAUUCCUACCCCACCUUUUUCAGCCGGAUCACCAGUGCACUCAUCUAAAAGAUUUCAUAUUUCGAAGACUCGAGAUGAAAGUUUGGAGGAAGCGUCUACUCUUUCUACCAGUGACUUGUCUUCAUGUUGGACUGAGGAAAAAGAAAACCAGCUAGACCAAAAUAGCGUGAAUCCUUCUAAAGUUACAAAGAUGGGUGAAGACAGCGCUAUGAAAACAAGAACUGAUUGCAGGUCUUCAGAAAGAAGCCAGUCAAUUCGGACAUCCCAAGUGAGUUCUUAUCUGCCAUCGAAUUUGUCAGAAGGCAGUAAAUCCGAACGCUUUGAAGAAGACAGCGAUGAAAUUGCUUCACUAAAGCAAUGCAAAGAUAUUUGCGAAUUACUAGUAAAUAAACUUCCAGGAUAUACGGUGUAAAAUCUGGUUUUUUAUUUUAAAGCAUUUAACUUUUAUAACCUAUGUGUAUGAUUAGUGAAACAAUUUUUAAUAACUUUAUUUUUAGCCCAUAAAUAAUGUGAAUAAUUCUUUUUAAGAGAUAUGUUUGUCAUUUCUUUGAUUUUUAGUGCUCUGCAUUAAAUCUGACAGUGUUGAUCAUGAAUUCACCCUA